CAGCCUCCACACUUGAAAUAGUUUGGGGAUGUUUGAAAACAGCUGCUGCCGUGCAGACGCUCCUUCUCCCUGCUGCUCAUCCCCCUCUCCAUCCUGCUGCUGUUGAUCUUCUGGCUCGAUAGCGGCGAUGGAGAAUAAGAAACAGUUCCUGUUCGCCUUGUCUGGAGCCGCAGCCGUCGGGUUUGUCGCCGUAAUAUUUGUGCUGAGAUGGGUUCUCCACUUUAAGGAAGGCCUGGCCUGGGACGGAGGACUGGCUGAGUUCAACUGGCAUCCGGUGCUGAUCGUUACAGGCUUCAUUUUCCUGCAGGGCAUUGCCAUCAUUGUCUACAGGCUUCCCUGGACCUGGCGAUGCAGCAAACUGGUGAUGAAGUUCAUCCACGCAGGUUUGAACUUAACAGCCUUCAUUUUGGCCAUUAUUUCCAUGGUGGCAGUGUUUGACUUCCACAACGCUGCCAAAAUCCCCAACAUGUACAGUCUGCACAGCUGGCUGGGCCUGACAGCAGUCAUACUAUAUGGUCUGCAGCUUGUUCUGGGAAUCGGCCUAUACCUGAUACCAGUUACACCUGUGUCUUGGAGAGCAGCUUUUAUGCCAAUCCAUGUCUACAGCGGUCUUUUUCUUUUCACCAGUGUUAUAGCAGUUGCUCUCAUGGGAAUUACAGAGAAACUCAUCUUUGGCCUGAGUAACCCUAAGUAUAAGGACUCUCCUCCAGAAGCGAUCUUUGUAAAUGUUCUAGGAGUCCUGCUGGUUGUUUUUGGGGCUCUUAUCCUCUGGAUUGCCACUCGAACGCCAUGGAAACGCCCCAGUGAACAGAUCCUGCAUUCUCUGCAUACCAACAGUGGAAGUGAGGAUAACAGCAAAGUUGGUCCAGCAUUGUCGGAACUGGGAGAUGGAGCCAAUUCUCAGGUUGAUGGAGAUGUCAGGAAGAGGAAUAGUAAAUCAGACACCUAAGCUAAAAUGGAAAAAAAAAAAAAAAAA